AUGAAGUUCUUCCCAUUUGCCUCUCUCAUCUGCCUAGUGAUGGUGACUUUGUUCACUGUCAGCAACGCAUCACCUGCUAACGCUGUGGUCAAGCGAACAGGACAAUAUCAAUCCAUUGUUGAAACAUUUGCAAAGAUUGCUGCAACGAUUAAAGGAUUGGAUCAAUCUCAAACAGCUGCCGGUCAAACUGGUACGCCAGAUUUCAGUCUUGCAGCAAAAGGUCUUGCAGAAUUAGCAAUGGAAGCUGAAUCAGCAGAAAUGCAAUUACGUGCAAUCGGUACGGCCAAAUUGGACGCUUCAAGUGCAGCAAGUAUUGGUGGCUCGGUUACAGCAUCUUCUCAAUAUGUCAAAGGAAUCACAAUGAUGGUUCAAGCAGGUAAACAAUGGUUUGAGAAAAACCAUGUUACACAAACUGUGGUUACAAUUUUGAAAACAAACAUUGCUCAAUUCAGAAGUUUGUUCCACGAAUUGAAUCGUCAUGUUGAUUAUGCAACAUUGCAAUCUUACGCUCCUGCCGAAAUCACUUUCAUUUGCAGUAUGGUUAAUGCAGUUGUUGACCUCGAUCCUAGUGCAAUCUCCUCAGGUGCAAAGGCAUUCUGCGCAAGUCAAAAGACAGGCUACUUUGAUCCCAACGUUUUCGGUGGUUGCACAAACGCACCCAAAGGAUAUGGAAGUUGCGGUAACAGUCCAACAACAUUCUUCCAACAAGCUUACACUUCUGGUACAAUGGGAUCUUCUUCAACUUCUUGCACUUCAGGUACCCAACCACCAAAGAGUUUCAGCAUUCCCUCCAACUGCUUGAAAACCAGUCAUUAA